AUGGACAGAAAGACCAGAGAAAUUCUUGAGGAGAACGAAAGGAUGAAAACGCUUAGGAGGACGGUUCUGGAUCUGAAGGACAUUUCGCAGAAGAUAAACACGGCUGCGCAGGAGGAUGUGGAGGAAAUGGACAAAAUGCGCGCUCAGGGGCUUCGGGACGCGCUCACCGUGCAAAACAUCAUAAACAAGCUGCAGACAGCAAGAGGAGACAGCUUCACGUUCACCUUUAUUGUGACUAUUUGCGUUCUGGGACUGCUUCUUUUUCUGGGGCUUCUCUUUAUGUAG